AUGUUCGAGGACGUUUCUUUUCCGUCGCCCUCGUCGCCCUCGUCGCGGCCGACUCAUUUGACAGUCGAUGGGGACGAUCGGUUGAUGGGCGACUGCAACAGCAUGUUGAUUUCGCCGCUGUCGUCACGCUCCCGGUUCACCAACUGUCGCUCCCAACAGCAGCCGCUCGCAUCUAUACCCUUUCCGUACGAGCCGAAGCGUCUCUCGAUCUCAACAUUGACACAGAGGUUGCAUGAACACACUCUCCAAGCCCCCAGCGGGGGCGAGACUUCCGAUCAGGGCCGACCACGGCACGAUCGGGCCUGGCUUUCCAGCCAAUACUUUGACGAUGUUCUGACGCCACCAGAUGUAGGUCACGAUGAGAACAGACAUUGCCAUCCAUCGCUUUCACCCUGCUCGAACUCGAGCCCGACCACUAUCCCGCUAGAGUUCCCCUCUCUCGAUAGGCCCGACUGCCCGAACUUGACCAUCAUCCGACCAGAUCACUUCCGAAUCCGCAUGGAACGGCAACACAUCUCGCAUAUACAAUGCAUUGAAGGGGAUAUCGAUUCAAUUUGUCGCAACAUUCUCGCGGAUGACUCUUUUUACCCAGACGGCCUCCGUGAAGACGAUUACCACCCCAGUUCGCUUCCACCGCGAUCCUCACCGCGUCAGAGCCCAGCAACGCUACACCGGAGCCGGUUCGGACCACCCGACUCGUUGGCAAAUCAGAGGCAUAGGCGGCGGAGGAGCAGCCCGGGCACUAUGAAAUCACACCGGAUAGGUAAAAGCCACUACACCUCCUUUGCGGGGCGGCGGGAUGCUUCCAAACGCGCCGAUAGUGGUAUUCGAAGAAAGAGCACAGCAAGCGCAGCUGUCGCGGGACGGCCUUGA